GCGGCGGUACCAACACGCGUUAAAAAUGUCUUAUGUCAGUGACAUAUAGGCUCACGCGGACCUUGAAGCGGCUGUCGACGUGAAAACUCGGAGGGAAGAGGGCUUCACAGACUGAGGCCGACUGGCAGACGAACUGGCAAAAACAUCGCGAAAACUACACUCUUUGGCCUUGAAUGGCAAUCUCUAGGCGACGAUAGACGCCGUCACUUUCGGUAUCUUCCAGCCGGUGUAUAAAGUGCAAACCCAUCCUUCUCGCAUGUCAUGGCAUUGUCGACGUCGAGAGGGUGUGCGACAUGCAAAUUAGGGCGCAAACGUUGCGAUAGAGUGUACCCCGCUUGUGGCAUCUGUCGAGCUCAGGGUCUUGAUUGUUCUUGGAGCAGAGAAUCGAGUGAAGCGCCUGUUGAACGUCGGUCAGUGACGAGGAACAGCUCUUACAGCACGACAGCCUUGUCGACUUCAGUAUCGAGGACUCAUACACCUGUGCCACUUCCAUCGCCGUCGACUAUGGAGGCAGAUCGUUUGACACAUCUUUUGUCAGCUUUUCACUUGACGGGCUACCGGCUGUGUUCAUGGUCAGCUCUUCUCCCUCUUCCGCGUCGGUCUGCGGCUCCUAGUCUAUUGCGUACCACAAAACGCAAAAACACACCGCGUGUGACGACCUGGGCAAGCUACUACCUUCCGCAUCUCGCGACUGGUUCAACAAAUGAUGCCUUGUCUCUGGCGCUGGCAGCCUACACUGGACUUGUCCUGCACAAACAAAUCGAUGCCAUUAAUUUUUACGUCAAGGCGCUUCGUGCUUUGAGGGACAUUCUUGUAAAGUCGCCAGCAGCCAUGAGCAACCAGACGUUUCUGCAAUGUUGGGCUGCAACAGUUCUUCUUGCAGACUAUGAAGCGCAAUGUGGUCAGGUGCAAACUUCAGCGCGGCAUAUUGAAGGAGCCGCCAUCUUUACCGAGCUCAGUCUUGAGAGAUUCCCAAUCGAGGCUGCAUCGAACAGGCCAACGUCACAAGAAGACUCGCUCGACAAUAAACUCGCAAUUCUUCCCCGAAAUGAGCGCUGCUUGCCUGCAUAUUUGCGAGAGUACUCACUCCGACUACGGACCAGCAAUUUUCUGUGCUCUGCCAAUCAUGACCGAUGGCCUCAACGGCUCGCAGCUUCUGAAGACACAGCCGAUAAUGAUUUAAUGGACAAACUUUACGAAACAAGCGCCAGUUGCUAUUGGCACGUCAUGACGAUAUGCGAAGACUAUCACACAAUUAUUGAAUUUGCACCACCACAAAGCGCGGUGGAACAUGCACAGCUGCAGCAAUCAUUUGCGGACCCCCUUCGAGUAACGCUUGAAGCGCUGCAGAGCUACGAAGACCAAUUGCAGCAUAUUCUUGUCAAGUCAUGGGGCAUCUUCCAACAACCAGCCCAAGCGGGACAUCCAUUUCCAGGUGCGCCAGUGUUUGCCAAUCCGAUGCUUGCCGUCCCUUGGUUCUUGCCACAGGUUCUCAAGAUCUUUCUGGCGCCAUUUCUCCGCCAAGCAGAGUAUCAUUAUGCGUGCCAAUCAGCCAAGGGUGUUUACAAAGCACUCGAGGAAAUUGGUCAAAGCGCCUUGUAUGAACAUAACUUUCCAGACUGCUUUGUUGCUGCUCUGUGGGAGCGCGGUGUGGAACGGGACUGUAUGCAGGCUGGAUUUGCUAGACGCGAGCCUCUCUUUCGUGACGUUGUCAGGACCAUCUGGUCGGUCAGGGAUGCUGCACAAGAUGCUGGCCGGCCAUUAUCAAAGGAGCAGUCUCUUUUGCUCAGCAUGAGGACGUAUCGCGAUGAAUUGUCCAAAGUUUUGGCAACACCCAAAGGCAAGUAUCUGAGUGUGGGUGCUUUCUUUGGACAGCCUUGGUCUCGUCUGCAACGCCAGGGUCAGUUUCAAAAGAGUCGACGCACAACGGUCAGUGCUUGGCGAAAUCGGCUGGAGAGCUACCGCAAAGAUUUGCAAGAGAGCAACUUGUUUGAAGGUGCAGUGCUCGAAGAAGGCACACCUGAGCCACGAAUCACUGUAGAGGUGGAACAGGCUUGGUUCUUAAUUUGAGUCGUCAUGUAGAU